AUGGCGGAUUCCCUCUCCUUCUUCUCUCUCCUCUCUCUAACCCUCUUCCUUCUUCUCAUUCUCCCUUCCCUUUCUUCCUCACUUUCAACUGUAUCAAUCUCCCACAUCAAUUCCAACCAAACCCUCAUCUGUGCCCUCACUAAAUCCCCUACUCACCAACGAACCCAAUUCAAUUGCAGCACUACUUCCUCCCCCGCCCUCAUUCAACUUCCUUCCAACGUCGGAACCAGCCAUUCCUUCGUCGGGAUCGUGGGUGGAACUCGAUUCGUCUGCGCGUUAAGCUCGCCGUUCUUGAGUUCAUCAGCAACUCUCACUUCGUUUCUAGUUUGCUGGAGGUUUCUUCUCGAUGGACGUACGGUGUAUAAGAGGGUUUACCUUGGUCCAUCUCUCAAAGACAUUGAUUCCGGUGAGACACAUGUUUGUGGGAUCGUUAGUUCAACCAAUCAGCUCUUGUGUUGGCAAUGGAAUCAGUUCAAUGAUUUCAUCCCCAAUCGGAUUCAACUUCGAUCCAGCGUUGCUGUUGGAGAGAAUUAUGUUUGUGGGUUGACUGAAUUUGGAGAAAUUAGGUGUUUAGGAGAUUAUACGAAUCGUUUCAACACCAUCAAAAGCUUUCCGGUAGGGAAUUACAGUGUGGUUUCGGCGGGAUAUAAUCGCGUUUGUGGCAUUGAUUCCGGUGGGGGUUUAGAUUGUACGGAUGAGACGAUGGAGAAGCCAAAUGGUGUGUUUAAGUCUGUGUCCAUCGGAGAUAAUCGAUUUUGUGCGAUCAGGGUCGAUGGAAGAGUGAUUUGUUGGGGAGAAAAUGACUUCCGGUUGCCGGAAAAUCUGCAGCAGUUUUCUUUCGCCGGAUUGCAGGCGAAUCGUGGUGUUUUCUGUGGGAUUUUGACGACCAAUUAUUCCCUCUACUGUUGGGGAAAUGAAUCUUUGAAUUCAAUCUCGAAUUCGAUUGUUUUCGAAGACGUGGUGCCUGGUUUGUGUACAAGUUCUUGUGCGUGUCGUACGAUUCCAAACUACAUGACAUUUUGCGGUUCGGAUUUGAUGAUCUGUGAGCCGUGUGUUUACGGUCGAGCUCCGCCGGAAUCACCACCGCCGCAGAAUGGUGGUUGGAGCAACCAAAUGGUUGCUUACAUGGUGGUGGGAUCAAUCGGUUGCUUAUCGUUCGUUCUCGUUUUUGUGUUUAUGAUCUUCCGAUUUUGCAAGUCAAGCGAAGGAAGUCGGGUUCACAAUUCCGGACCCAUGGAAGACAUCCAGAUUGCUUCGCAAGUUCAAAACUCGAACCGCAUUCUCGUUAAGAAAUUGAGUCAUUUGAUUAGUAUGGGAAACGGGAAUCACUUGCAAGAGUUCGCUUUACAAACGAUCAUGGACGCAACCGAUAAUUUCUCCUCUGAUCAUCGAAUCGGGGUGGGAAGUUUCGGUUCCGUAUACCACGCCAUAUUAAACGACGGUCGAAAAGUAGCGGUUAAACGGGCCGAAUUAACGAACCCCUCGCGGUGUGCCGGUGGCAUAAAUAAGCGCCAAGAAGACACGAACAACGCGUUUGUAAACGAGCUCGAGUUCCUAUCGCGUGUUAAUCACAAAAACCUCGUUCAAUUGCUAGGGUUUUGCGAAGAAAACAACGAGCUCGUUUUAGUAUACGAAUACAUGGAAAACGGUAGCCUUCACGACCAUAUACACAAUUUAUAUAGCUCGUAUAUAAUGUCGUGGUCUGCACGUAUCAAAGUGGCACUAGACGCGGCUAGAGGACUCCAAUACCUUCAUGUCUACGCUGAUCCACCAAUCAUACACCGUGACAUCAAGAGCUCCAAUAUCUUGCUCGAUGGCGAGUGGACGGGAAAGGUAUCGGAUUUCGGGCUAUCGUUAAUGGGCCCGUCAGACGACGAGUCGCACCUCUCGCUACAUGCAGCAGGAACCGUAGGUUACAUGGAUCCCGAGUACUACAAGUUUGAGCAAUUGACCACUAAGAGUGACGUUUAUAGUUUUGGAGUGGUUCUACUGGAGUUGUUAUCAGGGCAUCGUGCAAUUCACCAGAAUGAAGCAGGAGAGCGAAGAAACGUGGUGGAUUUGGUCGUUCCGUACAUCGUGCACGACGAGAUACAUCGGGUCCUCGAUCACAAAGUCCCUCCACCGACGCCAUUUGAGAUAGAAGCCGUGAAAUACGUCGGGUACCUGGCUGUUGAUUGCGUGACGUUGGAGGGUAAAGACCGGCCGACGAUGAGUGAGCUCGUUACAUGCUUGGAGAAGGCGUUGGCCGCUUGUUUUACGCUUCCGUCUUUCUCUUGUAGCGCGAGCGGCUCUUCCUCCUGACUAAGUUGAAUGCCAGCUCAACCGAUAAAUAAAUACCGGUCCCUCGGGUUCCUCUUCAUAGGUCUCCGGUUCGAAUCUCGUCAAGCUAUUAGAGAUUCUGUUAAAUGUUAUCUUCAAGUCCCUAUAAAAUCAGUAUAGACUCAAGUAAGCUAGUCAGAAACCCACAGUUAU